UUUUUAUUAUAUUGACGCAUGUAGGUUGGGUAUGUUGCUGUAUAGAGGUGUAAUGCCUGUAUAGCUGAAAUAAAUCAGCUCCCAGCACCAGCGGCAACUGAGCUCGUGAUUAACACAGAACAUGUGAUUUCCUAAAGCUUGUUUUUUUCACAAAACAGGAUGUUGAAAUACCAGUUAGAGUCCAAGGAAGGCUUUCAUUUCUUACAGUGUUAAAAAACUUCUGGCAUCUCACCAAGUCAGCUUUUUGAAGUCUUUCUUUUGUACACCAGAGAAAUCGACACCACAGCGAAUGUUGGUAAUUCAUCAAGGACCUGUGCAGAAAACCCUUUGCAAAAGUACUCUCCUGAUGUAAAACUCUGAACAACACAAAUAUGCAGGAAAUUAUGCAUUAAAUCCUGAGAUUACACCAGCAAAAUUUUUUAUUCCAUUAUGGCAACCUCACAACAGAAUAAUGGAGAUGAGAAAGAUGUUUCAUCUGAACUUCCUGUGGACAUUAAUGACUGGAAUAAAGAUCAUGUGAGACAGUGGCUGCUCAACAUAAAAGUAGAUGAAGAUGAUGCUGAGAUUUUAUAUAAAGAAAAGGUUAAUGGAGCUAGUCUUCUCCUUUUAGAGACAUCUGAUCUCACAGAACUAAGCCUUUCAUUUAAUGCAAAAAAACUGAUUAUUCACAACAGAGAUCAAUUAAAACAAGACUUGUCGACUAAGUCUUGUAGCUUGAAGCCGUACCCUUUCAAGAGAUUUAAUGCUGCCCAUAGGUACAAGGAAAACAGCAUUCUUGAUGUAACGGAAACUGGUCCUGUAGACUUCAUACAACCAUGCCAUGAAUUCAAAGCAUUCACCAACACAACAGAAGAAAGUGCAAUGAAAAAAUACACAUUUGAAGUCAUUCGAUUUGCAGCAGCUUGUAUGAACAGCCGCACAAAUGGCACCAUACAUUUUGGAGUGGCGGAUAAACCACAUGGAAAAAUUCUGGGUAUUAGUGUCCAGAACAAAGAUAGUUUUGAAGAACAGCAGUCAAAAGCAAUUGAAAAACAUUUUCAGCAAAACUAUGUUGAAAUAGCAAAGAGGUGUAUUAUGCCUCCUCGCUUUGUUGAAGUUCUCAAAGCUGACAUGACAUCCACAGACAAAUGUGUUAUUGAGGUAGACAUAGAGCCAUCCUUUAUAGUCUGUAAAGAGUUUUAUUUUAACACUCAUAAUUUAGACAAAGGACAGAAGAUGAAUGUUGGAAAAUCUUUUCUUGUAAGAAAAGACAGUAGUAGUGCAAAUCUGAUUACGUCUGGUUCCUCCAGAGAGUAUGAAUUGUAUAUUGCUGACAUGCCAAAGUUGUCCCAGUUGAGGAAGGAUGCCGAAGAAAAGCAUCUCUCUGUUAUCAGAAACAGUGUUGAAGGAUCAAAACUAUGUGAGAUGUUAACUGGAGGGACUCAGUCUUUAGACAAGUCACAUUAUAUGUGGUAUGUAGUGGUAGCUAACAAGUCCCAUCCUGUUCAGCUAGAAAACUUGGGAUUUCUGACUUACAUGGACCUUAUGGCUGUUUUAGAUUUUGAUCCAGAAUCUGCUGUGAAUGGCUUGAAUACACUUUUUGAAGACAGAAAAACAAAUAAUCACUUGCCGGCUGAAUAUAAAAUUACAUGGGCAGUUGGAGACAUUAUAGACAAGUUAAAACUGACCAGAAAUACAAGUUGGGUUUUCUGUAAUGGAGGCUACAAGGAGGAAAGCCCUUCAGAUGUUCAGAACUGGUCAACUGAGAAAGGAUCCUCGGUACGAGAUGUUGUUUCUUUCCUGUGCCGAAAAGAUGUGUUGCCCAACAAGAAAUUUCUCAUCAUAUUCUUGUUGUUAAGUCAAGUGACUGAUGGACAAGACCCAUUGCUGGAGACCUUCAGUAUGUUUUUACAAGAGCUAAAGGGAACAAAUCAAAUCUUAUGUAUCUGUGACAAUAAAACAACAUACAACAACUGGAAGAGUCUCAUUAAGGGCCGUUAUAGAGUAAAUAUCUCUACAAGAUGCAUUUCUGAUCUGAGUUUUGCUGAAAUCCAUGGAACAGUGCUUAGUCUCUGGUCAGAGAAUCGUAAAUCAGAAAGAUUUCUGCCUGGUGUUGGUGGCAGUAAUGUUGUGUUGUCAAGGGACACUGAGAAAACCUUAGAUAUGCUGAGUAUUCUCUGUGUAAACCAAUGUGAUGGAGGAAAUGAGGACAAAAAAGAAGUUGAAGAGAGAUUUUACAAAGGAGGGAAAGUGUCUUGGUGGAACUUCUAUUUCUCUGAACAGCCGGGGUCAAUGCCAUUCAUAAAACGGGACAAACUUGUUUACAUUGUUAAUACCAUCAUUCCAGAACAGCUCACUAUGAAGAGAGCUUGCGUGUGCUUCAACAUCUUGCAUCUUCCAGGCUGUGGUGGCACGACUCUGGCCAUGCAUGUUCUCUGGACACUCAAGAAGAAAUAUCGUUGUGCAGUGUUAAAAGACCAAACAGAUGAUUACACCAAAGUAGCUGAACAAGUAGUGCAGUUACUAACAUAUAAGACUGAAGAUCAACCAGCCCGACUUCCAGUUUUGCUCAUGAUUGAUGAUUUUGAAGACAUUUGUGAUGUUAACAAACUGAAGCAGCAAAUCGAGAAGAAGUGUCUAGAAAAAAACAUUUCUUCUAAGUCUCCACAAGUCAUUCUUAUGAAUUGCAUGAAAGUUGAGUCCCUUGAACCAGCUGAAGAAAUGGACGACUCUGUUUUCAUUGGUAACAGUUUAUCUGAUGAGGAACAGGAACAGUUUAAAGAAAAGCUAAAAGAUUUUGGGAGGACCAACACAAAUACAGAAACAUUUCAUGCGUUCAUGAUUCUAAUGAAAAACUUUUCACCUAAGUACAUUAAGGAUGUUGUUGAAAAUACUCUGAAAGGAUUCAACUUUCAACACAAACAUGCUCAACUGUUUGCUGUUCUUGUCCUUCUAAAUGUGUACUGCAAGAAUUCAUCACUGUCAGUUAGCGCAUGUGAGGAGUUUCUUCAUCUACAAACAACAGAAAACUGUCAGUCUUGCACGAUUGAAGAUGGAUUUGAGAAUCUUUCCUCUCUUUUGACCAGAUGCACAAUCUCUUCUAAAGUUAUCUUCGAUUGUGUGAGGGUGAUUCAUUCAAGUAUUGCUCAACAAUGUUUGAAGGAAUUUGCAGCUUCCCAUGGAGUGACAAAAGCAGAUAUCACUAACAUCCUGCUCACAGCAGACUUAUUUAAUGAUUGCUUUCUGGGGAAACAAAAACUAAUGUCUGAUGUGCACAGCAUGUUGGUGAAGAGGCAACAUUCAACCAAGGGUGGGAGUCUUUUUUCACCUCUUAUCCAUGAUAUCAUGAAGGAGACCCCAGGGUUGGAGGAGAACAUUUUAAACAAUGCUGCAAAGUUCUACAGAAAGGAUGCAGUAAUAUUUCAGCUCCUCGCCAGGUACUACUUAAAAAAUAAAAACAAAGACUUCAAAAUGGCUAUGAUAUGGGCAAAGAAGGCAAAAGACCAUUCAAAGGACAACUCAUAUAUAUGUGACACAGUGGCACAGGUGCUUAAGAGUGAGCUGAAAAAUAACUUUGACCAAGACAGAAAUGAUCCCAUAAAGCCAGACAGUCUCGAGAUGUAUCUUACAUUGGCUGAGUCUGCAACAAAAGCCUGCAAGGAAACACAACAAAUAGCACAAAAAGAGGCCAUGGCUCGAUUCCAAAGACCAAACAACUAUAAUACCUACAACACUGCUGGACGUCUUGGUGAACUUCAAGUUGCAGUGAGCGUCACAGAAAUACUGCAGAAGACGCCACUGUUUAACUCAGAUAACCAGCUUCUUGGUCAAGUCCUGUCAGGUAAAAUAAAGCUUGAUGAUCUGGCAAGAAAUCAAACUGAACACAAGCCAUAUUUUGAUGUAUUGCAGAAGCAUAUGCGCUAUCUUCUUGACCUUAAGCAAACUAUGAAGCAGCAUUUUAAUUUUCAUGACAAAUUUUUUGUCAAUUUAGAGCCAUUUCUACCUGAGAAAGACAAACAAAAGGAACUGACAUAUGACAAGGUGAAGAAAUGUUUUCAACAAUAUAUCCACCUCUUUGGUGAAAUGAACUGGAGUGAGCUUGUCAAUAACAAUGGCAUGAAUGUUAUGAUAAAAGUUGAGAAGACACAGCAAUGUCUGGAGAGGAACAAGGGUGAUUCCUAUACCGGUCUUUUAGAGUAUUUGUACAGGGAAGACUCUGCAUCAAUUCUUGAAGAGAUUAUACAGCAGUAUCAUUUCAUUUUGGAGUCAGAAAAGGGCAGAAAUGUUAACAACGCUGUCAACUUUUUCUAUGCCAAUGUAGUUCUCGCUAACAUCAACCCUGAAUCUCAGUACAUCAGACCUUACCAGAAACUUUGUCAAUUACUCUUUAAUAUAAUCAAACAUAGCACAACCUUCAGUGAGAGCCUGCCACUGAACUACAUUGCACUUUUAUUGUUAUGGAAAUAUCUUCUCCCUGAAUUAACAACAAUGGUCUCACAAAUAAGGAAUUUAUACUCAAAUGAGUGGAAAGCUGUAGGCAAUGGAAGAAGGGCAGCCAUACAUUUUUUCCUGGGGAAUGAGAAGGGUUACAAAGGCUUGAUUUCUCAGAGGGAUCUUAACAGGUGUUUAGGACCAAAGCAGAACAUCGCAACUAAAUGGGACAAUGAAAAAACAUGGAAGAAAGUAAGAGACACGGGAAAACUUUACAGAGCUUCUGGAGUAAUACGUCACAACUGUAUUGCGGUUGCAGAUUCAGAUCUUGUGGUUUAUCCAAUGUUCAGAAGUCAGUUACGCAAAGAAUUUGGCACAAAAGUGACCUUUUUUAUUGGAUUCUCCAUGAAUGGACCUGUCGCACUGGACAUAGACUUUGAGUCAUAAGAUCAUUUAAAUGGUCUGAUCUAAUGGAUAUGAUUUAAAUUCACAAAAGAAUAAUCAAUUAUAUUCUCCCACAUUAGGGAAAUUUAAGGGACUUGGAUAAGAGAUGAUAAACCAAAAAACUGUGGUUGUGUGGACGUUAUUUUUGUUUCAUCCUAAACAAAGACAUGCUAUUUUUAUUGUUUUACAUUAUUAAGGUUUUCAUUUUGUAUAUUUACACUGAAUAAAUUCCUAGAUGUAGUUUCUGAAAUAUUUUUGAAGUUGAUAUAAACUUGUUUGUUGUGUAUUGUAAUGUGU